UAAUGGCGUCGGUCAUUUGUCAUAAGUCAUUCCAUUCUUUGGCUUUGGGUUGUUCUCUGAAUAUUAUUAAAAUACCAUUGUUUUUGCCCUAUAAGCGCAAUUACUUUGGUUCUGAGUUAGCUUAAGUUUCUUGGUGUUUUGUUUGUUGGUUGAUGUCGGUUCUUGGUGACAGACACAGUCAUUCUUGAGGAUUGAUGGAUUCGAAGUGAUUGAUGAUUUGAAGAUGUGCUAAAUUUUUCAUAAAUUGAAUAAAUUCUCAUAAUUUAUUAAAAUGGGGGACAAAUCAACACCUUUGUUGGCUGUUUUACAACUUCUUCGGAAGUAUAAUUUGAAGGGUACUGAAGAUAUCUUGCGUAAGGAAGCAAGUUUAGGAGAUGUUGAAUUAGAGAGUUUGGAUUUGCCUGAGGUGGAAUUAGCUAGUAUACUUACAGCUCAUCACACCGAAAGUGAUCCAUAUAGUUACGAGUUCGCAUACGAUAGUUUAAAGAAGUUUAUCGAGAAUUCAUUAGACAUGUACAAGUAUGAAUUGUCAAUGCUGCUCUAUCCAGUAUUUGUUCAUAUGUAUAUGUUGUUAAUCUUAUAUGAUCAUAAUGAACAUGCUAUAAACUUCUUGGAGAAAUUUCGUGCUGAGCAGGAGGAUUAUUACCAAGAUGAUCUAAAUAAAUUAGCUAUUGUGAAACAUAAAGACCAAAUAAAGGGAAAUGAGCUGGCUGAAAUAUACAGUUCCAACAAAUUUGUGGUUCAGCUUUCACGUGACGCAUCAUCACAGCUGAAACGCUAUUUACAUGAACAAAAGAACUCAACUGUUAUCAUCAACAUCAUAAACAACCACAUUCAGCUAGACGUGCAUGAUGGGCCAGGUAGAACCCAGGCACAAUUACGAGCCACAGCCGGUGGAGUUCUAGGAGAAGCUGCAAAAAAUGAAAAUCGUACCAAAGUUUACUAUGGAUUAUUGAAAGAGCCAGACAUACAAGUGCUUCCUGCUCCAAUUGAAGAUGAAGAGGAAGUUGAGGAAACUCCAGAUAAACCCAAAAAGAAAAAAGCAAAAAAGGAUAACAUUUUCAUGAAAAAACCUAAGUCUGAUCCAAAUGCUCCACCAAAUGACAGAAUUCCACUGCCAGAAUUGAAAGAAACUGAUAAGAUUGAAAAAGGAAAGGCCUUAAGGGAAGCUUCAAAGCGUAUUCCACUUGGUCCUGAGAGCCUUCCUUCAAUAUGCUUCUAUACACUGCUGAAUAGCGGUCACACAGCUCUCUGUGCAGACAUUUGUGAUGAUUCCACUUUGCUGGCUGUUGGUUUUAAUAAUUCUAAUAUAAAGGUAUGGACUCUUACCACGGUAAGACUUCGUGGCAUGAAAUCUGCUGAAAAGUUACAGGACAUUGACAGAGAAGCAGGUGAUGUUCUCGUCCGUAUGAUGGAAGAAAAAGACAGAGAUACAUGCCGCACAUUAUUUGGUCAUUCAGGGCCAGUGUAUAAAGUCGGAUUUGACCCAUUCAAAGCAUUAUUAUUAUCAUGCUCCGAAGAUUCCACAGUAAGACUGUGGUCACUUCAAUGCUGGACCUGCCUCGUAGUGUACCGAGGCCACGUGUGGCCAGUGUGGGACGUGAGGUGGUCUCCACACGGACACUACUUCGUGUCGUGCGGCCACGACCGCACGGCAAGACUCUGGGCCACUGACCAUCAUCAGCCGCUAAGAAUAUUUUCUGGACACCUUUCCGACGUUGACUGUGUUCAAUUUCACCCAAAUUCUAAUUAUGUUGCAACUGGAUCCAGCGACCGCACUGUCAGGGUCUGGGACUGUUUAACUGGAACACAAGUUCGAAUCAUGACUGGACAUAAGUCUUCAGUAUUUGUACUGGCAUUUUCUGUAUGUGGACGAUGGCUGGCGUCGGGAGGGGGCGCAGGCGAACUCAUGGUGUGGGACUUGUCCACCGGGCUGCCCACGGCUUCGCUGCCGCCGUCUCACACGGCCCCCAUACACGCACUAGCAUUUAGCCGAGAUGGCACUAUUUUAGCUUCAGGGUCUUUAGAUUGCAGCAUCAAAUUAUGGGAUUUCAUUGCUAUAACAGAAGAAGUUCAAAAUGAAGAAAUUGGCACUAGUAAUAGCACUUUUCAAAAGGACGACAAAUGUUUGUUACGCUCAUUCCCAACAAAAAAUUCGCCCAUCAAAGGUCUACAUUUUACACGCCGCAAUCUACUUCUUGGAGUAGGAUCCUAUGAAGGAAGCUCGUAACAUUUUAACAGAUUAUGAAAAGUCCAUGAAAAAAAAUAUUUAGAACUUAGUAGGGAUUAUAUGACUAAAUAUAAAAGAUAAUAAUAUUGUGUAUGUAACUCCUUUAUUUCUUAUUCUUUUUCAUACCAUCAUACAUAAUAAGUACUAAUCAAUUAUAUUUAGGAAAUGUUAUUCACUUGGUACUUAGAAAAUAAGAGCGUUCAGAUGUAAUAAACUGUAUCAUUAAAUUAAGAAUGGAUUCAUUGCUUCUUAAAACUUGAGCUUUCAUGGCCUGCUUGAAAUCCUCCUUUACUCCCUUAUCCGCUCCACGUGUACCAAUUCUCCUCUGACCUAAAUGUUGCUGGGAGUUAGGUAAUAUAUCUAAAACAACAUUGCUGCCUUGUUCAUUCCAAAUAUAAGUAAGUUCUUCUAAUAUAUCUAUGUGAAUGAUAUAUGCCGAGAAUAAAUGAUAGUGGAACACUCCCUUUUGUCGAAUCAAUU